AUGGCGCCUGGCACACAACGGUGCUUAAUGAAUGUUUAUGGAUUAUCGAUUGGCAGAGGAGGCUGGCGGAGGCGGGGGAGGGGAGGAGGGGAGACAAGAGACGCUGACCGUAGACAUGUAGGAGAUCCACAGAGAGGGAUGAAGGGCGGAUCUAGCAGCUCAGGGGACCAGGAGAGGCCUCCUGCAGAUGGGGAGCUGAAGCUGCCUUCGGUGCCUCUCUACAACAUCACCUACUACCGUACUCGAGGUGACUCGCAUUCCCAGCACCGGGGGCGGCAGGGUUCGGUGACCCUGGAGAGGAGCCCACCUCCCCGGCGAUAUGAGGCCAUUCGAAUGCUCCUGGCUGACCAGGGCCAGGACUGGCACGAAGACCCACUGCUCCAUGACCUCUGUGAGGAGGGGGAAUUCAAGACCCUCAGUUUCUCCGAGCAGUUCCCCAAAUUCACGGACGGAGCCUUCACCUUGUACCAGAGCAACGCCAUCCUGAGAUACCUGGGGCGCAAACAUGGGCUCUAUGGGAAGGAUGAUCAAGAAUGUGCUCUCUUGGACAUGGCCAAUGAUGGGGUGGAGGAGCUCUGGCUCAAGUACCUUGAUCUCAUCUACCACCAUUUUGAGCAGUGCAAGAACCAGUAUGUGAAGGACCUGCCCACUCAGCUGCAGCCUUUGGAAACCCUGCUGAAGCAGAACCAGGGAGGCAAGGCCUUUAUUGUGGGGGACCAGAUCUCUUUUGUGGAUUACAACCUGCUGGACCUGCUGCUGAUUCACCAGACACUGGCCCCGGGCUGCCUGGACACCUUCCCCUUACUGUCUGCCUAUGUAGCUCGGCUGUCCUCCCGCCCCAACCUCCAGGCCUUCCUGGCCUCACCCCAGCACACUGGUCUCCCCAUCAAUGGCAAUGGCAAACAGUGAGGGCUCAGGCCUGACCCUUGUCUUGCAAUAAAGGCUUUCAG